AUGGACGAUAUACCUGAAGGAGACCCUGAGGAGCUUCCAAAUGCUGAGGUCGAUGUAGAGGAGGAGGAGGAGGGGGAUGAGGAGGAGGAAGAGGAGGAUGUGCAGCUUUUCAUUGAUUUGAGAAAUGACGACGCAUUGAACGCACUGAACGCAGGUUGGGAGGACGCUGAUGACAUCGACGACUUCGGUCUCUAUCACGACGCGGCGCCCUGGGUGGACCAGGCGGCCGUAGCAGAGGCUGCCGCCCGAGACGCGGCCAACCGCGAGAGUAUCGCCGAGGAGAUUGAUCUCUUCAACUACGACAUUAACCUCCCGCUGGAGCACGGCUACCUGGGCCGCCUGGACCACCUGCAUAAUGGGCGGAUCAUCUUCCCCGACGGGGCGAAGCUAAGUCUGCCGCUAGUCUACCUGAGCGGCGUCAUCCUGGUGCCCGGCCAGGAGAUUCCCUUCACCUUCAGACACCGGGCGCUGCGCCACUUCUUCGAGCGUGUCGUGGAGAGCGAGACGAAGACCUUCGGCAUUGGCUACGACAAGUUCGGCACCACGGCGGAGGUGCGCAACUUCAGCUUCGUCGACGGCGUGGCGAACAUCUUUGCAGAGGGCCGGCAGCGCUUUCGCGUCACCGCCAAGACGCAGGAGCAGUUUGAGAUCUUCAAGGCGACCGUCGUCAUACUGCCCGAG